AUGUCUUCCAAGGAACGAUUCAAGCCAAACGAAGGCGACUGGAUUUGUCCAGAUACAAAAUGUGGGAAUGUAAACUUUGCUCGGAGACCUGAAUGCAACAAGUGCGGCAAGAGUCGAACAGAGGGAACUGUUUUCAAAAAAGGUGGAACAGAAAUCGGCAAACAGCUGGCAGAAAAGAGCAAGGGGCUUUUUAGUGCCGAAGAUUGGCAGUGCAAAAGUUGUGGAAACGUGAACUGGGCCAGACGUACAACCUGCAACUUAUGCAAUGCUCCCAAGUACGGCCGAGUGGAGCAGCGGACUGGGUUUGGUGGUGGAUACAUGGAGAGAGACGAAGUAGUCGAGUACAAAGAGAGGGAAGAUUCCGAUGAUGAAUACGAUGAGUUUGGCAGAAAGAAGAAAAAAUUCAGAGGUACACUGAGGGACUCAGGAUCUGACUAUGGGAGUAGUUUUCGAGAGCCGGCUGUUGAUAUUAAUGAAGAGGACGAGGAUGAUGAUGAAGAUGAAGAUGUAUCUAAAUACAAACUGGACUCUGAUGAUGAAGAUGAAGAUGGUGGAGAUGUUUCCAAGUACAAGCUUGACAGUGACGAUGAAGAAGACAAGAACAAAGUUUCAGCUUCUUCAGAUCAUAAAAAAGCAUCUCCUCGAUCGUCUUAUUCUAAGUCGUCCAGGUCUGUUUCCUCCAGCUCGAGUUCUCGGUCGCGGUCCAGAUCCAAAUCUAGGUCAGGUUCGAAGAAAUCUAGGUCACCUUCCAGGUCAGGGUCUGGCAGUGGGAGCUCUCAGUCACGAGGUCGGCGGAGGUCACGGUCGGGCAGUAGAAAAAGACACUCUAGGUCCAGGUAA